AUGGAUGAAGUCCCUGUUCGAGUUGAUGGAAGAUUUAGGAUGGGAGACAUUUUGGGAUAUGGCUCAUAUGCUGUCAUGUAUUGUGCAUGGAACAUCAUCCUUGAUGAUGCAGUUGCUGUUAAACUCGAAACUAUCAUGCACUCAUCUUCUGUGCAGCGUGAAUACAAGAUUUUGAAACACCUUGAAGGUGGUGUUGGUAGGGAAUCGACAUAUUACACUCUGGUUCUUGAGCUCCUUGGGCCCUCACUGCACAAUCUCUUUCUUGCCCGCUACGGGAAAUUCAGCCUUGAGACUGUUGCAAACCUAGGAGACCAGCUGCUCUCACGUCUCAAAUAUAUUCACUCGCAUGGUUAUGUUCACGGCGAUAUCAAACCACAGAAUGUUGUCAUGGGUCUUGGCGAUCUCAAGCACACCACAUUUAUCAUUGAUUUUGGUGUUGCGAAGGAAUUCUGGGAUACAUCGACCAGUGUCCAUAUACCCUUUCGCCAAGGUCGACGUCUCACUGGAACUCCUGCAUUUGCUUCAAUUAAUAACCACUUGGGAGUUGAACCAGGUCGUUGUGAUGACCUAGAGUCACUCACAUACAUGUUGAUAUACUUCUUGCAGGGCUCCCUCCCAUGGUUGACCAGUGAUGAAGAAAAACUUUCUAGCUCUUCCAUACUCGAAUGCAAAGUGAACACUACCAUUGAAGAUCUAUGUCGUGGAAUUCCUGUUGAGUUUGCCACAAUGCUCAUUUACAUGCUGUAG